UUGGCGGAACCGCCGAUUGACAACCGGUAUCUGCCACCACAACAAGGCUUCACAGGAGCGAUUGCAGCCCCUUCACAAUCUUACGGUGCCCCAGGUUCAGGGUUCGCUGGUCAACGGCAAACAGCUGCAAUAAUCAGAAGCCGUCCGUCUUCAACAUACAGUUCACCGUUCAGUCAACGGUCCAACGUUCGACGCCCGUCUGCCCAAUACGGCGCACCGUCAUCCCAAUACAAUGCUCCGUCCCAAUUGUAUGGCGCCCCAGCAUCUUCCCAAAUGGGGAGGGGCAAUAGCUUCAGCGGGUUCGGAGUUCAAAGCCCAGCAACACAAUACGGGCCGCCUUCCAACGCACCUUCUCAGCAAUAUGGUGAACCUGCAAACUACAAUUUCGAGUACAUGGUGAAAGAUGAUGCUUCAGGCAACGACUUCGGUCAUCGCGAGUCCAGACAAGGUGAUAGAGCUGAAGGACUUUACUAUGUUCUGCUACCCGAUGGCAGAAAGCAGACGGUGGAAUAUGAAGCCGAUCAAGAUGGGUACAAACCAAGAAUUUCGUAUGAAGAUACCGGAUUAAGAACGGGAAGCUACACGGGAAACAACCAAGGCGGUUAUUCCAGCGGAUAUCCGGGUCAGGAAGGACCAUAUUAA